CAGGGAGGUCUGCCGGGCUCUGCGCUCAACCUGAGGCUGGGAGCCACCUCGCGCUGCCUGCCAAGCCCCUCCUUCGCUGCACCUUCUAGGGCCGCAGAGGGGAGGGUCGGCUGUGACCGCCUUCCGAAGAAGUCGCACCGGUUUUUCGAGCUCGGCUGGACGCCGGGAAGAGACACGGCCGCGGGAGUCCGCGGGAGCCUCGGGCCCGGGCACAAGAGCAAUCACUUGCUUCUGUUUGACUUAUCUUGGCUGUCUAAGGAAUUCAGCGAACUCUAUCCACGCCCUAGAACUCUUCUGAACUGUGAGGAACCUCUGAAGUGUUCAACGUGCAGAUCUGAGUUCUUAGAAAGGAGGGACCACAUCAUCUUCGGUGGGAAAGAGAGUUGCCUUCCUUGUGUGAAUACCCAGCAGAUUGUUGUAUGGGAGGAACUAAGAACCGGAAAGCCACCAUCUACAUUUUGUACCAGCAUAUACAAUCCCUUCUAAGAGUCCAUGUUGAUCUUGGAAGUGGAAGGAUUUAAAAGAGUUACGUUUCCACAGAGAACAAGAACCUGACCAUCUCCUGUAGCUCCGAAGGCUGGCAGACGAUGGAUAUCAUAGAGACAGCAAAACAUGAAGGUCAUUUGGAAAACCAAACCAGUAACUCUCCCGACACUUACACAAGUCCUGCUGAAGCUGUAGAAGAAGAAAACAAAAAUGGCAAUGGUAAACCCAAGAGCUUGUCCAACGGGCUACGAAAGGGCACCAAAAAGUACCCGGACUACAUCCAGAUUUCUAUGCCCACUGACUCCAGAAACAAGUUUCCCCUGGAGUGGUGGAAAACAGGCAUUGCUUUUGUGUACGCUCUCUUCAACCUCGUCCUGACGACUGUCAUGAUCACAGUCGUGCACGAGAGGGUCCCUCCCAAGGAGCUCAGCCCUCCACUCCCAGACAAGUUUUUUGAUUAUGUCGACCGUGUCAAAUGGGCAUUUUCUGUAUCAGAAAUAAAUGGGAUUGUACUCGUUGGGUUAUGGAUCACCCAGUGGCUUUUCCUGAGAUACAAGUCUAUAGUGGGGCGCAGAUUCUUCUUUAUCAUCGGAACGUUAUACCUAUAUCGCUGCAUAACUAUGUACGUCACUACGUUACCUGUGCCAGGAAUGCACUUCCAGUGUGCUCCAAAGCUCAACGGAGACUCCCAGGCAAAAAUACAGCGGAUUCUCCGGUUGAUUUCUGGCGGUGGGUUGUCCAUAACGGGAUCGCACAUCCUGUGUGGAGACUUCCUCUUCAGCGGUCAUACAGUUGUGCUGACACUUACUUACUUGUUCAUCAAAGAAUAUUCUCCUCGGCACUUCUGGUGGUAUCAUCUGGUCUGCUGGCUGCUGAGCGCUGCCGGCAUCAUCUGCAUCCUCGUGGCGCACGAACACUACACCGUCGACGUGAUCAUCGCUUACUACAUCACGACACGGCUGUUUUGGUGGUACCAUUCCAUGGCCAACGAAAAGAACUUGAAGGUCUCUUCCCAGACAAAUUUCUUGUCUCGGGCUUGGUGGUUCCCCAUCUUCUAUUUUUUUGAGAAAAACGUCCAAGGCUCGAUUCCUUGCUGCUUCUCCUGGCCACUGUCCUGGCCCCCUGGCUGCUUCAAGUCAUCAUGCAAAAAGUAUUCACGGGUCCAGAAGAUCGGGGAGGAUAACGAGAAGUCUACGUGAGCCGCCAGCCUGGCAGCAGCUUUUCCACCAAAACAGUCCGUGCUGAAACCAAAGGCGCAGCUUCGUAUUUAUUUUCAGAGAACUGACUGGUAAAUGGAGUGGACCAAAUUUUGUGCAAAAGAUCGGAGCAACGAAUGAAGUAUUACCUUUGGCUUUUUUUUUUUUAAUUCAUCCCAAGAAACAUAUAUUUUCCUGCUGCUCUUCACUCAUGGGUGACAAAGCCUCCAAACUGGGAUCCUAAAGAGGUGGCAUUAACCCGCUGUGCCUCUCGUUCUUUCUCCACUUCCACAUUCUUUCCAGAUUGUUUUUUCCCUUCAAGGUCAGAAGAGUUUGCUAAUAUUGUGAAAUAAAGGGUCUGGAUAAGCACAGCCACUGUGUGAAUGCAGGCAGUGAGGGCAGGAGCAGGUUUCCACCAAGCAGCUCACUGAGAGCAAGGCACAGGUGGGUCAAAGUGGGUCAAGGUCAAGUGCACUUGUUUCUAUCCAGUCUGGGGGAAGGUUAGGGUGCCAUCUGGGGUUCGCUUUGCUGCUACCCGCCCCCCAUGUGCUAUGAAUGACUUUUCAUCUUUUUUUUUGUUUUUUAACCUUUAACUGAUAAUUGUAUUUCUAAAGAAGGGGUGUUCCAAGGAAAUGAGAGUGACCCACCCAUGAACGUUUCCUGUGUGUGGAUUUCUGACUUUCAAGUCUCUAUGACAGGUCCACAGGAAGCGUGGGGCUUUUCCUGCUACACACAUUCAAGGCAGCCUGCCUGGAGCCCAGCACUGUUAACUGCACCAGCAGGGGCUGCAAACGCACAUGGGAAGUGAUGCUCACACUCACCGGGGAACAUGCUUGUGCUCCCCUUCUAGCGUGGACCCUGCUGUGAUGUGUUUCUAAUCAGAACCUAGAGAAAUGUUCGCGCACAUCCCACUAAAACAGUCGCCUCUCAGUUAGCAUUGCGCUUUCCAGGAAAUGCAAGAUGGAUUCCAAAGGUUUACUGGUUCCUUGUCUUUUAGCAAGGAACUCUACUCCCUAAGUGCUCCUAUGGCCAUACACCACUACCGAGCCAGUUGGCUUUUACCCUGCGAGCGUGCCACAUGGGGCUGCACUUAAACAUGCCCUUGGCAACCACACUUGAGAUUACUACAUCUGCAUAGGAGCAGAGAGCCAAGCAUGGGGCGCACGCCUUUGAGCACUCGGAAAGCAGGGGCAGGCAGAUCUCUGUGAGUUCAAGUCCAGCUUGGUCUAAAAAGCAAGUUCCAGGACAUCCAGGGAGACCCAUAGAAACCCUGUCUCACAAAAGCCCCACCACCACCACCAUAAAAAAAAAAGAGAGAGAGAGAGAGAAAACAGGGGGGAAAAAGGAGCAGGGACAACUGUGUCAGAUAUGAACUGUUUUUUCAAAAUCUGGUUGAUUUAAGAAUAUCUGAUUUAAUGUGUUACUCAGUGCUAGUAUGCAUGAUCCUUGCCUUGAUUUCUUAACUAAGAUUAGUUUGUGAACCUUCUCGUUAAGGUUAGAAACAUUCUCUGGUUACAUGGUUGUCAGGAUGGGAGCAGAAGGGGGCAAGCCGAACAGGGUGGAAGGAGGGUUGCAUUGGCUGUGAUGAAAUGGAAUACCCUCAGGUCAAUCCUUGGAAGCCGGUCGGCCUUGAUUAUUCAAAGUUAAACUUUAAAUUGCUUGGCACAAAAGCACAAUACAGAUCUGUUCAGAAGGGCCAUUGUCCUCUGGUGCUAAAAUUCUGUGUGUGUCCAGAGUGUCUCUUUUUUCUGUGAUAGGGUAGGUAAAAGGAAGGGCGCUGGAUUCAAAGGCGAGAGAGUAAGAUUCUCAAUCUGGCUGUCUUCACCAGAGUGCGAACUCUAAACACCUUCGGCAGAGUUGGGAGUGCAAAGGUUUUGUAUUUUUAUGGAAUAAGCCAAUAGUAAAUACAUACCUAGUUUACCUUGUGUUAGAGACAAUUCUAUACAGUUCUCAUAUGUUCAUUUCCUCAACUCUGAUCUUGGGUUAGAACAAAGUGUUCUGCUUGGAAACAUGCAUUUAACUUUUGUGUCUUAUUACAAGAGAAGUACUCAGCGCUGCAGCCCCGGUUUUGGUCUGUGAGGCUUUCAUUGAAACCAAACACCUGAGAGCCUUAUCCAGCUGUGGCUAGGAUUCCCCGGGAUUCUUCAGUUAAAGGAAAUGCUUAAGCAUUAUUACAAUGCAUGUUGAUUGUUGGGAACAGAAAACCUUGCAUUCCAGUCACGUCAUCCAGGCCAUGAAAAAACAAUACUAUCACUUUCCAAAACACCUGUGAGUCUCGCGUGGAAACUGCUGUUCUCAAGUUCUCUGUGUGUUUGCCGUGGCUCUCUAGUCGAUGCUGAUGCAGAAGCAUGUGUCUUGAAAAUAAGAGAGGGAGAUGUCCACGUUUCAAGAUGCAAAAGAUAACCAAACUCAUUUCAGUGUAGGAAAGCAAAUUGGAGACUUGGCUCCACAUGCCAUUGGGGAUAUAAAAUAUAGACAAUUGUGACGUUGCCUUUGAAACAAUAAUUUUAUUUUUGAGAUGGUCUCAUCUCACCGUGUAGCCCAGAUUGACUUACAAUUUUCAAUCCUCCUGCCUCCGCCUCCAGAGUGCUGGGAUUGCAACCCACCACUCCCAACCCAACCAAAGCAGUAAAUGAUUGCAACACCUUUUCUUUGCCAGUAAAGAUGCAGGUCUUACCCAUUACCUGUGCUUUCGUGAGCCCGUGCUUCUGGCUUUCCUGUAACGCAGCACUUCUGGAAAAUGCCUGUGAUAUAGAACAGAUGCUACAUGUUUUCUUCUGAAGCAUCCCAGUGGAAAUGGAGUUCUUUCAAAUUUGGGUUGUUGAUCUAGAUCCACUAGAUCCAAAACAAGGAAGCCUCCUUCCCCAUUCCUCCUAAGCUAAUUGUGUCUGUCCUUUGAGUUGCCCGCGUCUCAGGAAGCAGGUUUUACUGAGGGCAGAAGGCUGGCUGAGGGUCAACUCUUGACAUCUCUGGGCAGGUUUGUAGCGUAGAUUCUUGGCUGUGCUAGCAGCGCCUCCUUGUGGCGAUGUGUCCCGUCUGGAAUGCAAACGCUGCUUUAAAAAUAGAUUUUCAAGGUUUCCCCAAAGUCUGUCUUUUGGCUUUUUGUUGUUGAUGUGGUUGCUCAAUUUUUUUUUUCCAAAACAAUCUGAAAUUCUCAUGGGGAAGAAGGUAUCUUAAAAACAUUCUAAAUCCUUCCCAAAGGGAAAGUGCUCAGAAUCUCAUCAAAGAAAAUUUGUGGGUCUUUUUUUACCUCUUCUAUCGCAAUCAUUAUUAACAUCUAGUCCAUAAGUACCAGAAUUUGUUUACUUCCGAACCCAGAGUCAACUGUCUUUUUCCUUCUGUGCUACGACUCAUUUCAUUUUUAAUUUAAAGUUCAUAUCUUGCUCCAUAAAUAUUUUAAACUUUUUGUUAUUGUUUUGGUUUUGUACUAUAGAACUGAUUGAAAAUUUAAGCUGGUCUUAACACACUCACCCCUUUAGCAUAAGGAAGCGUGAGAUGGAAUCGUCUAGUAAAUGAGUUUACAUGUGUUAAUCAAGUGUAAGUUAUAUGCAUUGCGUUGGAACCUUUUCUAUGUGUAUAUGUAAAGAUUUCUGGUGGUAUUGUUUUUAACGCCAUUGUGUUGCAAUAAUUUAGCCCCUUUGACUGAUUUGACAAAAUGCAUUUUAGGAAGAGAAGUGCUCUUGACUUGGCUAUCCCUAUCCUGAAAAUCAUGUCAGAGGUACCCAAAGAUAAGUUUUUAUACAGACAGACGCCUCAUAAGCUCUGGUUUCUUACUUGUUAAUAUCACUGUACUGUGUUCCUAGUGAAUCAUGAACGACAGGGCGGGUCACUGUAGAAUUACUUUAAACUAUCCUUUAAAAGAAAGAGGAGAAGCUAUAAGCUAAUCUAGCUGCCAAGUUGGAAUUCGUUGUUUAAUUUACCUCCUAUGCAAUGAUUAAUGCUGCGAAGUGUGUGGUUAAUAAGUUACAGUAUAUUCAGACGGGAAAUCCCUUUACAAGGUCUGAGCGGCAGCUGGUUGCGUUCCUUUGGAAACCUACUAUACUGUUUCGAUGCGUUAAGUGCCUUGUUGUAAAGUGAAAUUUUAAGUCUAGAAUUCAUUAUUUUCCUGACCUAUAUUUUUCAUUAUAAUUAUCUACUGUGUGCUGUUGUAAUCAUUUUAUUAAAUGCUUACAUUUUAAUCAAAUGUGAA